AUGCCGAGAAGAAGGGGUUUUGUUACAGUGACAAAUCGGCAGCAGAGGUUACGAAUAACCAAUACCACGGUGAUAAGAGCCCAAGAAACAAUGGUGGAUCUUAUGACGGGCAGUUCUCUUUUUGAUAUAUUGGAUUUUGGCCUAGUUGAUUUAAUGAGAAAAUCUGACUAUGAUCAGAGGUACUCUGAUGAAGAAGAGGAGUAUAAUUAUAAAUAUAAUCAACCCCAGAAACUGAAGCCUCAUCCACAACUAAAGGAGCUUGAUGACGAGUAUGCUGAUCAAAUUAAACAAUCUUUGCAAGAAGACGAAAAGAAACGUCAAAGUAAAUCUAUUAAAAAUAAGCGCAAAAAAAUGCGUAAAAAGGAAAGGAAACGUCAAGAGAAGGAGGAUGGUCUCUUACAGGAAGAAGAACAAGGGAAGUCUGAUUCUUCUGAAUAUGAAGACGUAAAUGGAGAAACGUCUGUUGGUGAAAGCUACGCAGAAACGUCUUCUAAAUCUGAAAACUUAACUGGAGAUAAUUAUAACAAUGAAGUUAUAGUAAAAGAAGAAACUACUGUACAAUUGGAUAAGAAAGAAGAUAAUUGUCCAGAGAAUAUAUUCCUUAAAAAAAAUAUGGCAUGUAUUACUGAAACUAUACCGGAAAGCAGAAUUGUUGAUGAAAAAGUAGAGGAACAUAAAGAGGUGAUCCCCGUGGUUGACCAAUACACAAUACGGAGUAAACAGUUGGCAGCUUUUGGAAAUCGAUUGGCUGCAAAUGAACAAUAUGAUGAGGCCAUAAAAUGCUUUACUGAGGCUAUUAAACUCAACCCACAAGAAUACAAAUUAUUUGGGAACCGAUCGUUCUGUUUUGAAAAGAUACAACAGUUUGAUGAAGCUCUGAGUGAUGCUGAGAUCGCUCUGUCCAUGGAGCCAAACUGGAUCAAAGGCUUGUUCAGGAAAGGCAAAGCACUUUGUGGUCUCAAGAAAUACUACGAGGCUUCGCUGGCCUAUAGAGAUGUGUUAAACCUGGACAGAACAAGUGAAGAGGCCACCGCAGAGUUGAAACGCUCUCAGUCACUUCACCUUAUGGAAAUGGGGUUCACGUUGACUCAAAGCCUCAGUGCUCUAGAAAAACAUUCCACUUUAGAAGAAGCCAUAGAUGCGCUGUUUAAUGAACAGCAUGAAUUUAAUUCUGAAGAAAAUGUCUACUUUGAGUCGGAUGUAUCCAGAGCAGGUCACGAGAAGGAGUGGGAGAAUGUUGGAUCAUCCACAAAAGAUAAACCACAGACUAUAGAGAGAGCCCAGCCACUCACUGUCGCCAAAAGACAAGGACAUAUUGAGGUGUUUCCAGUCUGGGUUGGUUCUUUGGCUCCGUCUGUCGGCUAUGUGUCUCUACAAGAGGUUUUCAGCAGAGUGGGGAAAGUGAUCAGUAUCAAAAUGAUCCUGGAACAUCAAUGUGCGUUUGUGCACUACUCCAGUCAAGAGGACUGUGCUCGGGCCAUUCAAACUUUAAACGGGCUGGUGCUGGAGGGCUGUCCUCUGUCAGUGCGUUACCCUAACAGACUUCCUCCAGUAAUGGGGAUCUCCAAACGGGCCGUCACAGAUCCCCUCACUCCUCCCAGUGUAGAGAAAGAAUGCUUUUUCUGGCGGACGAUCGGCUGCACCAGAGACAACUGCACUUUUCAACACGUCCUUCAGAAUAGAGGCAUCGACAGAGGGAAGUUCACCCAGAAACUCGUUGGCAGCUCGAUCUCUUCAUAG